CCGGUCCGGGCGCUCGCGAGCCGCCGCCGCUCUGCUGCUCCCCGCUCGCCCGUCGGGUCUCGGUCUUCUCCCUGGGAAAUCCUGCGAGAUGGAUUUUAAAAUCGAACAUUCUUGGGAUGCUUUUCCAGUGAAGCAUGAGCCGGCAUUUGUCAGGCUGAAUCCAGGUGAGGGAGGGGUGAUGGUGGAAGUCAGUGCCCCAUUUUUCAACGAUCCUCCAGCCCCACUUGGAGAACCAGGAAAGCCUUUCAAUGGACUGUGGGAUUACGAAGUCGUGGAAGUAUUUUUCUUGAAUGAUGUAACUGAACAGUAUUUAGAAGUUGAACUUUGUCCCCAUGGACAGCAUUUAGUGCUACUACUCUCURGAAGAAGAAAUGUGUGGAAACAAGAACUUACUUUAUCUUUCAAAGUGUCCAGAGGUGAGACAAAAUGGGAAGGCAGAGCUUAUCUUCCUUGGAGCUAUUUUCCACCAAAUGUGACAAAAUUUAACGCAUUUGCAAUUCAUGGAUCAAAGGAAAAAAGAAGUUACGAAGCCCUUUAUCCCGUACCUCAGCAUGAACUGCAGCAAGGACAGAAACCUGACUUCCAUCGUCUAGAAUAUUUCAAGCCUUUUACUUUUAACACACUGUUUGGAAAAGAAUGGAGACAACCAGAAUCAGACCUGUGGCUAAUAGAGAAACCUGACGUACAGGCGUACAAUCAAUAAUUAUAUCAGUCAUUGUUCCUCUAUACCUUUUAAGGUAAAUCAAUAAGUACAGUCUCUUUCAGACACCAUGGACGCUUUUCAACAAAAAAAUAUUUUCUUAGUGGUCACCAUAAAUGUAGUAUCUCUGUGGAAGAUUGUGUAUGAUUAACAAAAUAGAGAGUUUAUAGAUGAUUUUAUCUUUAGUUAAAAUGUUUCUCAGAGUCAUUCAGUCCAGUCAUUCUACCUUCUGCCCUAUAUCACUGUCACCCCAAAAUCCCUAUUCUGUCAAUCAAAAUCAUUAUUUAUCUCCCCAUUUCUUUAUAUUUUAGCCAGCCUAACACUAAGAAAUCUUAACUGCAAAUUUUUAAGCUCCAAGUAAUAUAGAGUAUUUUUUUUCUAUGAAUCUACUAUCCAUUCUUGAAGUUAGUAGAAAACAUUGUCCUGGUUCAGUUGAACAAGAAGUCUACAUCUGUUAAGAUGUCACUAAGAUACACGAGUUAUGUAAACAGCUGUUUUUUUCUGACUUGAGACUGUUUAUGACUGUUCAGAAAGAAAUGAAGUAGUCUUAUAUUCAGGCAGUGGACUCUACUUUCAUUUACA